UCGUGGUAGAUCGGGGUUCCUAUUUGCGCUGUCCAUGCCCUGUUGCCCUGUGUCAUAGGCUACGUGAAUCGUGUGUUUUUUUUGCGAAGUUGUUACGUUUUCGUCUGAUUAUUUCCUAAAAAAAGAACAGACAUUCCUCACGAUAACACUUAUGAUUUCAGUUAUAAUUUACGGCUGACGGUCGUAGAUAGUUCGAUCUAUCCGCCACGAAAUAAGUGCGUUGGGACAGACGAAUAAAAAAGAAGUAACAUUCCAUCGCUUUUACGCACAUACGUUUACCUACAUUAUUCGAACACGUUACGAUCAAUUAAAACUACUAACCAGAGAAAUUCUUAAAUGUGAUUUCGUCGUAAAGAGGAUGGCUGGUGUAUUUGACAUAGAAUUACACGAUGGAGAUUCCGUAAAUCAAGACGAGUCAGACAACGAUAUUCUUGAAAGCAGAGAAGACGAGUACAAUCAUGCCACGAACGCGAAUACUAUAUUAGAAUCCGAUAAUUUAGAAAGAGUUCAAUUAUCAGAGCAAAAUGUCAAUCCAGGACAAGAGAAAACUGGACCGCAAGACUUUGAAUUGUGCAAGAUUCUUGGAGAAGGUGGAUACGGAAAAGUUUUUCAAGUAAAAAAAGUCACAGGAAAAGAUAAAGGCAGCAUUUUUGCGAUGAAGGUAUUAAGAAAAGCUUCUAUCAUACGAAAUCAGAAAGAUACAGCUCAUACAAAGGCGGAAAGAAAUAUCUUAGAGGCUGUAAAACAUCCGUUCAUUGUGAAUCUGAUGUAUGCUUUUCAAACCGGUGGCAAAUUAUAUUUAAUAUUGGAAUAUCUUUGCGGCGGAGAACUUUUCACAUACUUAGAUAGAGAAGGCAUUUUUUUGGAAGACACAGCAUGUUUUUAUUUGUCCGAAAUUAUCCUCGCAUUGCAACAUCUUCACAAUCAAGGUAUUAUAUACAGAGAUUUGAAGCCAGAAAAUAUUUUACUAGACAGCGAAGGUCAUGUUAAAUUAACAGACUUCGGUUUGUGCAAAGAGCAUAUACAAGAAGGUACAGUGACGCAUACAUUUUGCGGCACUAUAGAAUACAUGGCACCAGAAAUCUUAACGAGAAGCGGACAUGGCAAGGCUGUUGACUGGUGGAGUUUAGGUGCGCUAAUGUUCGACAUGCUUACCGGAAUGCCACCGUUUACAGGAGACGACAGAAGGAAAACAAUUGAAAAAAUUUUACGAGGAAAACUGAGUCUUCCGCAAUAUCUAACACCAGAUGCGAGAGACUUGAUACGAAAAUUAUUAAAGAGACAAGUACUUCAAAGAUUGGGAUCCGGUUUCGAAGAUGCCGAACAAAUUAUGAAUCAUAACUUUUUUAAGCAUAUUAAUUGGCAGGAUGUAAUUUCUCGAAAGCUAGAACCACCCUUUAAACCAUCGUUAAAAAGCGCCGAUGAUACGUCGCAAUUUGACGAACAGUUUACGGCAACCGUACCGGUCGAUUCUCCAGUUGAAAGUACAUUAAGCGAAUCUGCUAAUAUGAUAUUUCAAGGUUUCACGUAUGUAGCACCGAGCGUUCUGGAAGAGAUGUACUCGCAACCAAGAGUUGUAAAUGCUAGAAGUCCUCGCAAAGGUCUUCUAUGUACAGGGUUCAGUGGAAGUCUUCAUAGCUUAUCGCCAAGAUCACCCGACACCCAUCUUCGUACAUCGUCUCAUUAUAACCACCACAGGCAUCACGUAGUAGGUUCACAUAACGUGGAAGAUACCGAAAUGACAGAUAUAAGUCAACUGUCGAACCGUUUAUAGUGAUUCAUAGACAGAAGUACGCGAGAAAACGCUGUUUUUCCAUCUUAAAUCUUGGAAAAAUAUUUGUAACAUCAUUUUCUGGCUUACUUAUUUUUCUGUAGUACAACAGUCACAUUUAGCAAAUUUAACGUGAUUUGCUUCUAUAUACAUAGCAACAACUAAUUCUAAACGCUAAGGAGAAGUUACGCUUGUAGAGCAGUGGUGCUACCGGCGUACAAAUUUUACGCAGGCCUGUAACUGCCAUAGCGUGACUAACGAUUGUUUACGAUGUAAAGAAGGAAAGUUAUAUAUGUUUUCGUUGUGUAAAUAUACGUAGGUUUUUGAUAACAGGUGCAUUCUUUUGAAGAAAGACGCUGUACUGUUGAGAGGUGUAAGAGAUAUUUUUGAUGACAUGCUAUCCCAUCGUUUGCAACGAGUUAUUCGAUUUCUUUUAAAUGUCUGACUCGUCGCCAAUUACGAGUUCAUCGUUAGUGUACAAAAUUAGGCCAACGAAAAUUGAUUUGAGUGUACCUAAAGAUUCGUUCCGAAAAAGAAGAAAGAAUGUGCUGUAUUUUCGAAUUGUUUGCUCUAUGAGAAUUUAUAGAUCGUGCAAUUCCUUCAUUGUAUCUCGAGUUAACCGAAUGAUUUUUAAACAAAUAUUUACGUACGUUCCAAAAUCAUUUGAACGUCUUUUACGAUAAAGGAUACAUAGAUCAUGGUAAUUUCUCAAGUAUUGGACACGACUAGACUCGAAACUUGUUCUGCCACUAGUAUAAAGUGUUGAUUCCUUCAAAAUAAUAGAGAAUACAUAAAAUCAUAGCAGUGUAAAAAAAAAAAAGAAGAAAAACUGCAUUGAUCUAUAUUAUAGCAGAAUCGGAGGGGUAUUAUAAACGGACAUAUUUUGCUCAUACUUAAUUGUGAUUUAUCGAGCAGUAAUGUCUUGUAUAUAAAUUUUUUGGAUAAUUUUGUUUUUAGAGAAGAGGCAACGCGGUUAAAUUGCAUUCGUAACGCCUUAAUAUACUUAAUGAAUCGUCAUUCCCUGAUCACUAACCAAUCCGAUUCUACUCUAGAUGUAAUCAUUGUGAAAGUGACAAUUACACAACAGAUUCAAACUGCCCAAGUGUUCACAGCUACCAGCUGGAUAGUAUUAACUUUUACAUAGUAAAACGUGUACACACGCGUGUUAGAAGAUAAGUAUGUAAAAGUCUUGUUAAUAGCUAACUGUAUUAUAAAAGUAAAUUGUUGAGAGUGAGAAAUUGAUACUUUGUAAGAUACAUACGUACGUACAUAAUAAUACGCAUCUAUAGGUAAACAUUUUCAAAGAUAGGAAAUUACCCUCUUGCUUCUUUAGACAGAAAAUGCAGUGAAUGUUUCACUUCUAUUACAUUUUUCUAUAAUAAAAUUAUAAUGUAAAGAAGUGAGUGCCACGUUUUCAAAUAUUAUACGUAUAUGUAUGUCUCUGCUGAUUCGCGGUAUAUAAAUAUUUAAAGAAUCGACUUGACUAGAGGCGAAAAGAGACGGGACAACCGAUGAGAGGUCUCCCCCAAGUCGAUUUUUUCACUUUGCUGAAUCUUAGUAAACAUAUUUUGCUUCUUGGUAUCUACAAGUAAAAGGAAACAGAAAAGCUUAACGCUUAAUACAAUUCAAAUUUUACCAACAUUAAUCUAUUAAGGUUACGUUAAGAUAUUUUAAGGUUCUUGUUGGCAAUCUUACAAAACUGCAUUAUUUUCAUGUAUGUGAUAUUACAAUAGUAGCACUAUCUAAGUAUUUAUUAAAGAGUUACUGUUUUUUAACGGGACUCGUCAAAACAGAAAUAAUAUCGACACUUGUUUAGUAAUGAUAAUUUUAGACACGCAUAAUGAAAUAUCGUUGAAUGUUGAGCCGUUUAAGAGCUUAUCUAUUUUAGCCAUUUACAGUUGAAAUAAUACAGGAUUGAAAUAAUAUUUGUUUAUCAAAUUUUCUUCGAACGUCACCUCGUAUAAAACACCCAUCAGAAAUUAAUAUUAUGAAAAAUGCACAGUUUAUCAACGUUUUGCAGUAAUUUUUGUUGUUUAUUUGAGAUACAUUAUAUAGUUUAAUAAGAAUAAAACCGCUGUUCGUAUUAUAUUGUACUUUCCAUUAUACGUAUAUAAAAGCUAUAUACGCGUAUAUCUUAUUUUACUUAGUGUUCUGUGAUUCUGUACGAAUAGAAAACACGCGCAAGCAUUCAUGCAUGCGUGCGGACAUACCCACGUACAUGUUACGAAUAAUCUAAAUUUAUUGUAUACCUUAAAUGUGUAAAAAACAUAAUUAAUCUUUA